AUGACAGAAGAAAUAAUAUUGUCCGGUAGAUUCUUUCCGAAUAGCUAUAUUUCGGAAAAUCAUCUGGAAUCCACGCCAAAAUCAUUUAAUGGUGUUAAUUGGUGAGUUGACUUCGCUUCGAAAAUCCACGUCAUAGUCAAAUUAUAGGUACAUAUCUGUGGAUACAACAUAUGAUUAUUUGACGGUUUCGAUUCACAACGAUAAUGCGAGCUAUCUACAAUCAUUCGACACAAAUAUCAAAGUGAAUUUGGAAUAUGAAAACAACAGAUCAGAAACAGACAAUUUGGAGAAAACUUUUGAUUUCAAAUUUGAUCACAAAAACAAUACAUUUUGCAUCAAAGAUUUCAUCGCGCUUGAGGAAUUUGGAAAGUACUAUGAAGAUUAUGAUUUCUCAAUUAAUGCAAUUAUACAUUUCUCUGCGAAUCGCGAAAAAGAAAUUGUUGAAGAAAUUGAUUUUUGUGACCCAAAUUCAGCAUCCAAUGACAUUAUUUUGAAGUUCAAAGAUUCGCCAGACAAAGUAUUAUAUUCUAGCAAAUGUAUGCUUUCAAUUAAUUCAAAAGUCUUCAAAGUGAUGUUUAAUUCUGAUUUUGAAGAGAAAAAUAAGAAGACGAUCGAUCUUGAUGACAAGUUUGAGGAAUUCAAGGCAUUAUUGAAGGCUAUAUAUCCAACUAAUCAGCAAAAUGUGAUUAAUCGCGAGAAUAUUGAAAUUCUUAUAAAUUUGGCGGAUAAAUACGAUAUGCCAUUUUUGAUGAAUAGAUGUGUUGCAUUUAUAAGAAAUGCUGAAGAUAUUCCAAAUGAUGUGAAGUUUUUGUUAGCUGAUCGAUAUUCACUUCCAGUAAUUCAUGUGAGUUAUUAUCGAAAAUCUCACACCGGUACCACGCGCUCCACCGAAAUAAACACGCAACGCAGACCGCGCCGCGCCACAACACACACAAAUAAGGGAAGGAUUCAAAUUCCCUCUCUUUUUUGUGUGUGUUGUGGCGCGGCGCGGUCUGCGUUGCGUGUUUAUUUCGGUGGAGCGCGUGGUACCGAUAAGAUUUUCGACAAUAUUCAUUUGAAAAUAAUAAAAAAUUGUUUUAAAAAAAUUUCAGAACGAAUGUAUUCAACGUUUAAACGAUGUCAAAUCAUUGGAAAACUUGCAAGAUUCUGAAGUCUUCGAAAAUCUGACAGAUGAGGAGGCGAGCAAGAGAAAACGAGGCAAGUGGAAUUAA